AACAGGUAAUUUCAAUAAUGGAGAACUUUGUGAUGCAUAUGAACAGUGGGGAUGAUGCACAUAGCUACGCUAGAAAUUCUGGUUUUCAAAGAUUUGUGAUAUCAAAAACAUGGCCCGUGCUAGAUAAAACCCUUAAAGAAAUGUUCGAUAAAACCGAGUUCAAAAGUGGCUUCAGGAUGAUCGAUCUAGGCUGUGCAUCAGGACCAAACACUUUAAUUGUUAUCUCCCAUAUAAUAGAUACCAUCAAAAGUCUUUGCAAAUGUGACCAAUUGCCUGAAAUUGAGGUUUACUUGAAUGAUCUUCCUGCCAAUGAUUUCAACAAUUUGUUCAAGAUGUUGCCUAGUUUUCGUCGAGGCUGGAAAAAUUGCUUCGUAUUCGGCCUUCCGGGAUCCUUUUGCGAAAGAUUGUUGCCAAGAAAUAGUCUUCACUUUGCCUACUCAAACUAUUGUCUUCAAUGGUUAUCACAGAUUCCUGAAGGGGUUGAGAAGAUUAAUAAGGAAAAUUUCUUUGCUACAAAGACGAGUCCUGUAGAGGUAUUCAAAUCUUACGAACGGCAAUUCCAAAGAGAUUUCUCGAGUUUCUUAAUGAAUAGGGGAGAAGAGAUGAUGAUUGGAGGGCAUAUGGUGUUGUCAUUCAUCGGCAGAAGUUCUAUCGACUUCUCUUCAGAAGAUGCUUGUGCAAGCUUUAGGCUUCUUGCAGAGGCACUUGUCGACAUGGUUGCCGAGGGCCUCAUCAAUGAAGAAGAUCUGCAUUUGUUCAAUAUCCCAAUGUACCUUCCAUGUCUAGAGGAAGUCGAGGCAAUUAUCAAGCAUGAAGGGUCUUUCAAUGUCAAAAUCUUGGAUUCUUUCGAGGUUCCAUGGGACCCUAACCUCUAUGAGGAUGAUGAUUAUGAAAAGGUAUUCGACAAGUAUAGAAGCGGAAUAAUAAUUGCGAGUUAUAUUCGUGCAAUCAUGGAGCCAUUGCUUUCUAAUCACUUUGGGAAUGCAACUAUUGACAUGAAUAACCUAUUCGAAAAGCACGCACAAAAAUUGGGAGAUUAUAUCGACGAGGAGAUGCCGUCAUACCUUACCUUGCUUAUUUCUUUAAUUAGAAUGUAAGAUCUCUCUCUCUUUCACGGUAUAUAGUUUAGGAUAUUGGAUGUGCUUUUUCUUGUGUGUUUACAAAUGCCGGGUAUAUUUAAUUUGAUCGUUUUGGAUUAUGUUUUGGUGAAAAAACCCCACUCUUGUAAUGUAUAAAUUAACUAGGGGCUAAUAAACCAAAAAUGUGUGAGUGUA